GCCACAGCUGCAGCUCUGAACUGGAACAAUGAGCAACGUGAAGCCGUUUGUCUCGGUUGAAGAUGUGCGCAAUAUCGUGGAAAGGUACUAUGACAUUGUGGCCCAACAGGUGGAUGAACUUGUCUCGUACGAUGAUCGCAACUUUCGGAUUCAAACGAAAAGUGAACCGGGUACCACCAGCAAUGACGGCACAGUCUAUCUGCUCAAAAUCUCCGGGUUUUUGGAGCAGAAAAGCGAGGAAAUUUUGGCCAUCCAUAAUGGGAUUAUGCAAUAUCUACAUGAUCAGGGACUGCUGGUGCAAAGACCGCUUCUGUCAGUGAACCAAAGGACCGUGGAAACCAUUGAUCUCCCCACUUCUCACUCUGAUCCAGUUCAUCGGCGAUGCCACACAAUGCGAAUGUUGACCUACAUUCCUGGACAGACGUGGUCCAGUUUAACUCCUCUACAGCCAGAAGUCUACUUUGAAAUGGGACGAUUUUUGGCCAGACUUCAGAAGCAUUUAAGAGAGCAUUAUUCAACUUGGAACAAACCAGUGAAAGAACAUCUUUGGACACUGUCAAACGCCCCUCAGGCAUUGCAGUACUUGAAUACAAUCGAAGACGAUCAGAAACGCCAGUUGAGUCAGCGGGUUCUGAAUCAUUUCCUUAGCCAUUAUGGGGAACGAUUGCCUGUGACAUCGUGGACACCUGGGAUACAGGAUGCAGAAUUUCCUAUAAGCUUAAUUCACGGGGAUCCAAACGAUCUGAAUAUCAUCAUGAGAGCGAUUCCAAGGAUAGACUCUACGGAACAAGAAUUCGAGUUUGGCAUUCUGGACUGGGAAGACUGCAGUGUUUCCCGACGCAUCUAUGACCUUGCCCUUAUGCUCAUGUACGCAAUGUGUACCGAGGGUCCGUGCUCCGCGGCCCGAUUCGCUGAGCUUGGUGCUGCAAUCAUACGUGGAUUCAAUACCGAGGCCCGAGACUACGGAAUGCCCAUUACCGAUGCGGAAACGCAAGCCUUACCAGCGCUGGUUGCGGUUCGUUUUGCUCAAUCCCUAAUCAUGGGCCACUAUACGGCAUUUGUAUCUAAUCCAGGCGAUCAGUAUACCCUGACAACCGCCAAACAAGGUGGCUGGGAGAAAUUGCAAUCUUUGUGGAUUGAUGACAAGGAAAUCUACAGCACAGAGUGGAAAAAAGCAACUUGUUGAUGCGCUGCUAUUAACUUUCUUCAUAAAUUCAACUCGUUUUUGAGAGAUGAAUCCCCGAAAUAUAGUAAUCUAACGUGU